UUAAGUGCAGUGUUUGGAGGUAGAUGGGUGCAGUUCUGUUGACAGCCUUGAAUCCCAGCACCAGUGUCUGGAGUUGGAUCCGGGCCUCAACAGAAAGCCAGUGAAGGUCAAGGAGGAGGGCGGUCGCAUGAGAGUAUUUGGGUGGAUUGUAAACCAGGCGCGCUGCAGCGUUCUGGAUACGCUGCAAUGGUUUAGUCUCAGAGGAUGGGAGUUGUGCCAAGAGGGCGUUGCAGUAGUCCAGGCGGGAGAUGACCAGUGCUUGGACCAGGAGUUGCGUCUUUUCUAGGGAAAGACCAGAUCCUGAAGAUGUUGUAGAGGGCAAAUGUGUAGGAUCAGGCCACAGCAGUGACACCAGGACCAUCCGUCAUCGAGGAUUAUGCCCAGGUUCCUCGCCGUCGAUGAAGGCGAUAGGAUGACGUCCUGGACAGUGACUGACAGGUCCAUGUGAGGACAGUCUGUCCCGGGAUGAAGACAAGUUCAGGUUUACUCAGGUUGAGUUUGAGGUGAUGAGCAGCUGUCCAAGCAGAGAUGACGCAGACAUUCAGAGAUGAGCGUCACAACGUGGCUGUUGGAGGAGGAUGAGGGGACAGAGAGGAACAGUGGUCAGAGAAUCCAUGAGAUGUGACUGCAGAGCCCAGUGAUCUAGUGUACAGUGAAAACAGAACCGGUCCUGAUACUGAGCAUUGAGGGACACCAGUUUCCAGAAAGCAGAGUUUGGACAAGGAGCCAUUCCAUUUGUACUGUAUGAUGUGAACCAGGUUAGAGCAGAGUCAGCAAUGCCAAGUUCAGUCAGAGUGGAGAGAAGGAUUUGAUGGUUGACUGUGUCAAACACAGAAGAUAAGUCAAGGAGAAUGAGGACUGACGAGUGGGACGAGGCUCUGGAGGCACGCAGUGACUAUGUGCUCGUGUUGCUGCACCUGUUCCAGGACACAAACACCUGUUCAAGGAAGAAGAAAAAUGCCGAGACAAAAGUUCAGAAGCCUUUUGAAGAUCUUGAUGGUGCUGGUGCCCGUGGUCGUGGUAUCCAUGCUCAUCCUGCAGCAGUACAACAACCCAUUCAUAAGUGAGUGGCGACGGGCUUUGUAUGUAGAUGUUGACGUGGACGAGUCCAGUCGGACCUCCGAGAAGCUCCCCAAAGACACAGAUGGAGGCUGUUUCAUGAACACACACUGUCCAGAUGAUCACUUCAGCUUCUACAUGAAGAGCGGAGCUGCAAACGUCAUAGGGCCAAAGAUUUGCAUCCAAAACAAAAUGGUUCUUGGGAUGAUGCUGAACAAUGCUGGAGAGGGAUUAAACAUUGUCAUAAUGAACGGUGAAACAGGAAACAUCACAAAGACCGGUCACUUUAACAUGUACAACAACGAAGUGGAGCCUCUCAUUGAAUUUCUGAAGAGCAUCGAGCAAGGCUCUAUUGUGCUGAUCGCAUCCUGGGACGAGCCGUCAUCACACUUAAAUGACGAAGCGAAGCAGCUGAUGGCUGACCUGGGAAGUUCUGCUGUCCACUCACUGGGCUUCAGAGAUAACUGGUUGUUUGUUGGUGGGAAAGGAGCGACAGUGAAGAGCGACUUUGAGAAGCACCUGAAGAACGACCACAAUCUGAAUAAAUACGAGAACUGGCCCGAGCUCCUAGAACUGAAAGGAUGCAUCCCCAAAUACAUGAACUGAUCUUCUGUGUCAUCCUCGAGGAAUAAUUAAGCUUUUCUAAACGAGCUUUAUAGACGGGAGGGUGUGAUCCAAAGCCUGGUGCUGCUUUUCCUCAGGUGAAGGUUUGUUACUGUAGAGAGAAGAUGAUGUAAAAAAAAAAAUGAUGUGAAACAACAUACAUCUUCAUGAAGCUGCAUGCAGCGAGACCCAGUUCUUUGAGCGUCCUCCACGGACUCCUGCUGCUCGUCCUGUCUGUUAAAGGUGCAUUCAGCCAUUCUUUGUCUGCUCUUAAAGUCACACAUGUCUCAUUAAAUGAUUAUUAUUUUAUACAA